AUGGCGAUCAACGUUCCCGGCCUGGUGGCCGUCCUCCUGUUCUACGUGGUCAUUCUUUUGGUCGGAAUUUGGGCCGCCCGCAAGGGAUACGCGACAGCACCCAACCCUGCUUAUGCAGACGCUGCCGGGUCCCACGCAAUGCUCGCGGGCAGGAAUAUCAAUCUCUUCGUGGGAGUCUUCACGAUGACAGCAACCUGGGUUGGCGGAGGUUACAUUAACGGCACAUCCGAGCUUGUCUACACGGCCGGGCUUGUUUGGACUCAAGCCCCCUUUGGCUACGCACUCAGCCUGGUUAUCGGCGGCUACCUCUUUGCCACCAGGAUGCGCCAGGCCGGCUACAGGACGAUGCUGGACCCGUUCCAGGAGCACUUCGGAAGCCGGAUGGGCGGACUCCUCUUCCUUCCCGCCCUCUGCGGAGAGGUCUUCUGGUCGGCCGCCAUCUUGGCUGCUCUGGGCGCCACCAUCGAGGUGAUCUUGGAGUGGGACCGCACGCAGUCCAUCAUCUUAUCUGCCGUCGUCGCCCUCCUCUACACCAUGGCGGGAGGACUGUACUCCGUCGCUUACACAGACGUCGUUCAGUUGUUCGCCAUAUUCUUCGGACUGAUAGCCUCGCGCAUUGGCGUUCGAGCGUGA